AUGGUUUUCUCCAAGGGAGCAGCUCUUGCUGCUCUGUGCGCUCUUGCGAUUUUUGCCAAACCCGCAUUUUCCGGUUCCAAUGAGCAAUUGCCACUUUUGAAAGACUUCGAUGAGUCUGGUGUACUUGGCGCUCUCUAUCGGCCCAACUCUACAAGCGAAAGAUCACGCAUCGCGGUCUACGUGAUGCAUGCGGAGCAAGACUACACUACUUUUGUGGCCUGUACAGAGCUACCUAAGCGCGGCUUCACUACUUUCUGUGCCAACAAUGAAGCUAGCAAGUAUGGAUACAUGUCAGACCUGAACUUUGAGGACAUGAUGACAGAGAUCAACACCGGUAUGGCUUGGCUACGCAACCUGACCGACAUCGACAAGGUUGUGAUCCUAGGCCAUAGUGGUGGUGGCGCAAUGAUGGCAGCAUACCAAAACGUCGCAGAGAACGGUGUUUCGGCAUGCAAUGGUGCUGAGAAAAUCUACCCGUGCUCUGACGCGAUGGCUGGCCUUGAACCUGCUGAUGGCCUAAUGUUGUUAGAUGCCAAUUACGGUCUUUCCACCAUGGCGUUACUGAGCCUGAACCCUGCCAUUGAAGAUGAGACCGACACGUCCAGGUUAAACCAAUCUUUGAGCGUCUACAAUCCUGCCAACGGAUUCAACAAUAAUACCCAGUCCAAGUACACCGCCGAUUUCAAGAGUCGAUUCCAGCAGGGCGUCGUGGCACGCAACAACCGCAUCCUACAGUAUGCCCAGACGCGCCUCAAGGCACUUGAGGCCGGCAAGGGAAUGUUUGGUGACGAUGAGCCACUGACUAUCCCAGCUUCACUUUAUAUUGGAUUCAACAAUCUAUUCUUUGCCCAGGACACCCGGUACCUGCACCAUACCACAUAUGCCUGGCCUCUGCUCCGUAAGAACGGCACCACCACGCAAAUCGUCCCAUCUGUACGCGUCCCCGGUAACUUUAAGGACUACUCCAAUAAAUGGCAGAGUGGGGCGCUGAAGACUACCAUCCGUCGAUUCUUGUCUACCUUUGCCAUCCGAGUCACCGACAAAUUCAACAUCAAGGCAGACAACAUCGAGGGCAUUGACUAUGCCUCGAGCCAGACGGCACCCCAUGCAUCCGUUCAGGGUAUUCGCGUCCCUCUCCUAACCAUGGGCAUGACGGGUCAUUACGAGUACUUGAACGCGGAGAAGCUCCACCUCAACGCCGUCAGCAACGACACUGCGAUUGCUUUUGUGGAGGGAGCUCAGCACACUAUCAACACUUGCACCGAGUGCGAGUCCUAUCCCGGUGAAUUUGGGGACACUGUUGUGACAUGUUUCGAUUAUGUUGCGGAGUGGUUGGCCAAGCCAGGUCGCUUCCUUUAG